AAUGGAUAUUGGAUACCGUAUGGUUAUUGUAAGGUAACAUGAAAAUACGUGGUGUUUUGUGAAAACCUGCAAUAAUUUGAAGAGAAGUGAACCGCUGUCCGAUACAUUAAAUUCGUGAUUUCAAACAAACAAAGGAUAAGCGCUGAAAGUGAUCCGUGUUAACUGGAGGAUAUAUUGUGACAUAAGGAAGAAUCCCAUAUCAUGUCGGAUUCUGAAGCCAGCAGUAAUUCUUACAAUGAGAGCGACCGAGGAAGCAUUCAAGGAAGUGAUUCAGAAGCUGAAGAUGCAAGAUCUGAUGCUGGAGGUGGAAGUGAUGUAGGCUCAGGGGACGAAGAUGAUGGAAACCAGUCAGAUGCAGGCAACCAGUCCGACGUUGGUAACAGGUCGGGUGGUGAGAAUGACUCAGAUGCAGAAAUGCAAUCUGAUGGCGGUAACCAGUCCGAUGACAAUCAGUCAGAUGCUGGUAAUCAGUCAGAUGUUGGUAAUCAGUCAGAUGUUGGUAAUCAAUCAGAUGCUGGCAAUCAGUCAGAUGUUGGUAACCAGUCAGAUGGUAACCAAUCAGAUGCUGAUAACCAGUCAGAUGAUGGAAAUGCCUCAGACGAUGACCAGAGGUCAGAGAGGUCGGAGAAGUCUGGUCGAAGUCGCCGCUCCACUCGUGAUGAUGAAGCAGAAGAAGCAGGACCUGGUGAGGAGGAGGAAGAAGUUGAAGAUGAGCAGGAGCCAGAAGGAGAAGAUCUUAAUUCAGAAGAGGAGGAGGAGGAAGAUGAAGAUGAGUACGAUGAAGAGGAGGAUGAAGAGGAAGAUGACCGACCACGUAAGAAAAAGAAGAAAGAUCGUUUUGGAGGAUUUAUUAUUGAUGAAGCUGAGGUAGAUGAUGAGGUUGAAGAUGAGGAUGAAUGGGAGGAAGGAGCCCAGGAAAUAGGAAUUGUAGGGAAUGAAUUUGAUGAACAUGGACCCACGGCUCGUGAGAUUGAAGGAAGACGCCGAGGCACCAAUCUUUGGGACUCCCAGAAAGAAGAUGAAAUUGAAGAAUAUUUACGAAAGAAAUAUGCUGAUGAAUCUAUUGCUGCCAGGCAUUUUGGUGAUGGAGGUGAAGAAAUGUCUGAUGAGAUCACACAGCAGACAUUAUUGCCUGGUGUUAAAGAUCCAAACUUGUGGAUGGUUAAAUGUCGCAUAGGAGAGGAGAAAAAUACAGCUUUGCUGCUUAUGAGAAAAUUUAUUGCUUAUCAAUUCACUAAUGAACCCUUGCAGAUAAAAUCUGUCGUUGCACCAGAGCAUGUGAAGGGAUAUAUUUACAUUGAAGCUUACAAGCAACCCCACGUGAAAGCUGCUAUUCAGAAUGUUGGCAAUCUUAGGAUGGGACAAUGGCAACAGCAGAUGGUUCCCAUAAAGGAAAUGACAGAUGUUCUAAGAGUGGUAAAGGAACAGAUUGGACUGAAACCUAAGCAGUGGGUUCGCCUAAAACGAAGCAUAUAUAGGGAUGACAUUGCUCAGGUGGACUAUGUUGAUUUAGCACAGAAUCAAGUGCACCUUAAGUUACUUCCUAGGAUUGACUACACGAGACUGAGAGGUGCCUUAAGGACUUCACAGCCUGAUACUGAUUCUGCAAAACGUAAGAAGAAAGUUCGCCCGCCAGCAAAACCAUUUGAUCCUGAGGCAAUUAGGGCUAUUGGGGGUGAAGUUACAAGUGAUGGAGAUUUCCUUAUCUUUGAAGGAAACAGGUACUCCAGGAAAGGAUUUCUGUAUAAAAAUUUUACAAUGAGUGCCAUAGUUGCAGAUGGUGUCAAACCAACAUUGUCGGAGCUAGAAAAGUUUGAAGAAGCUCCAGAAGGAAUUGAUAUUGAAUUACCAACCACAGCAUCAAAAGAUGAUGCAACAACACAUUCAUUCUCAACAGGAGAUAAUGUUGAAGUUUGUGAAGGUGAAUUGAUGAACCUUCAAGGUAAAAUUUUGACCAUAGAUGGCAACAUGAUAACCGUUAUGCCUAAGCAUGAGGCACUUACAGAACCUCUGGAGUUCGUAGCAUCAGAAUUGCGAAAAUAUUUCCGUAUGGGAGAUCACGUGAAGGUCAUUGCCGGGCGAUAUGAAGGAGACACUGGCCUUAUAGUAAGAGUCGAAGAGAAUCGUGUUGUUCUCUUUUCAGAUCUCACAAUGCAUGAACUAGAGGUUCUCCCUAAAGAUAUUCAGUUGAGUCCAGAUAUGGCUACAGGUGUUGAUUCAUUGGGCCAGUAUCAAUGGGGUGACUGUGUGCAGUUGGAUCCACAGACUGUUGGUGUUAUCGUCAGAUUGGAGAGAGAGAAUUUCCAUGUCUUAAGUAUGCAAGGCAAAGUAGUAGAGGCAAAACCUCAAGCAUUACAAAAAAGGAAGGAGUCAAGGUAUACUGUAGCACUUGAUUAUGAUCAAAAUACAAUUCAGAGAAAAGAUAUUGUGAAGGUAAUAGAUGGGCCUCAUGCUGGCCGUGAUGGUGAAAUAAAACAUUUGUAUAGAAAUUAUGCGUUCCUCCAUUCGAGAAUGUAUUUAGACAAUGGUGGUAUUUUUGUUUGCAAAACACGUCAUUUGCAGCUCGCUGGUGGUAACAAAAACUCCAACACAUCUGGUGGUUUGGACAGUGGCUUUCCAGGUUUCAUGUCACCUCACAUAUCCUCUCCAAUGCAUCCAAGUGGAGGUGCUCGUGGUGGGGGUGCGAGAGGUAGAGGUCGUGGCGGUGGUAUGAGAAGAGAUCGAGAAUUAAUUGGUCAGACAAUAAAAAUUACUGGUGGACCCUACAAAGGAAAUGUUGGAAUUGUUAAAGUUGCAACAGAAUCAACUGCCAGAGUUGAGCUGCAUUCAACUUGCCAAACCAUCUCUGUUGAUAGGUCUCACAUUGCUGUAGUGGGUGCUCCAACAAGGGACGGUUCAUUCUCAUCAUACAGCCGAACACCAGCAUAUGGUGGAGGACAAACCCCUGUAUAUCGUGACGGCAGCAAAACUCCGAUGCACGGCUCCCAGACACCCAUAUAUGAUGCAGGUUCUCGCACACCACAUUUUGGUGGCAUGACACCUUCUCAUGAUGGAUCACAGACACCAGGAAGAUUAGGAGCAUGGGAUCCAACUAUUGCAAAUACUCCUCGCCGACCUAAUGAGUUUGAUAGCUAUCCAAUUGAUGAUGCUUCUCCUUCACCCACUUACAAUCCCAGUACACCUGCUUAUCAGCCAGGAGGUCCACUUACUCCUCAGACACCAGGAACUAUGUAUGGUUCAGACAAUUCAUACUCUCCAUAUCAGCCGUCGCCUUCUCCACCUGGUUACCGUGGCACUCCCUCUGCCUAUGUUGCAACUCCAAGUCCUUCAGGCUACACACCAUCUCCAACUAGUGGUGUUCAGUAUGCCACUCCAUCUCCAUUGGUUUAUAGUCCUGUGACACCAGGAGCAGCAUCUCCCUUUAAUCCACACACACCUGGUUCUGGCUUAGACCAGCAGCAAUUGCAGCAAGAAUGGCAUACAACAGAUAUUGAAGUGAGGAUUAAAGACACACAUGAGGAUACUGGAUUAAGUGGUCAAACUGGUAUUAUUACUGGAAUUUCUGGAGGUAUGUGCUCAGUUUUCUUACUUCAGGAAGAUCGCACAGUCAACAUUUUGGCUGAGCACUUGGAACCAGUACUGCCACAGCAAGGUGACAGGGUUAAAGUUAUUUUAGGAGAAGAGCGAGAAGCAGUAGGAAAACUUAUCUCUAUUGAUAAUCAGGAUGGAGUUGUUAAAGUUGAAUCAGGAGAUGUGAAGAUGCUUCAGCUCAGGUUUUUAUGCAAAUUGAGAACUAUUCACUAAAGCUUGUAAGACAUACACUUUGUCUUCUUUUUCUGUUAAUCACAUAAACGUAAAUCAUUUACACACAAUUUGCAAAGUUACUGCACUUUGAAAUGAGUCAUAACAACUUUAUUUCUUUAUGUUGGACAACUACACAUCUUUAGAUUAUGUAGUUGGGUAUGACUUCCCUUCUCAUUAUAAGUGAUAGGGGUUCUUUUUGUUACAAUUUUUUGAAACUUAAACUGUAAUAACCAGUAAUGGUCUUUCAUCAACCCUGAGAGAGGGAUAUUUGUAUACCAGAACAUAAAAUAAAAGCUAAAAAAUUUAAUUUUCUGUUAUUAUUUGAAAGUGGUGUUAGUCCAUUAUUAUUUCUUGUUCAUUUUCUUUACAUUCAUUCUUUCUUUGAAAAUAGGUAUAUAAAAAUGGUGACUAUUUUGAAUAUUCUUAGUCUAUGCUUAUUUCAUCAGUAAGACUUGUCAGUUUCAUACCACAGUUAAUGAAAUAAAAUUUGGAAGUCUCAGAUAUGAACUUUGAAAAAUGAAAGAGCGUGUUUUCUAGAAUCAACAUAGUACCUGAGUGCAGUUAUCAAAUCAUUAACUUAUUGCAUUUCAAAUUACUUGUUUUGGAACUACAAGGCAAAAGGAAAAGACAAUGAGUUACACAAGGAUACAUGAAAAGUCUAGUUCAUAGAAACUUUAUACAGCAAGGACUAGGAGACAAUUGUAUGUGAUAUUGCCAUGUAUAUAUAUUCAUCCACAGUUUUCUGACAUCUUGUCAAAGACUAGAGAUAAUUAAAGAAUAGAAGUAUUUGAAAAAGUGUGUGACCAAGGCAGUAGGGUAAAUGAAUAAGUAUUUGUACUAUUUUAUUGAAGUGAAAAAAUAGUCUCUGCUAGCCUAAGAGAUUUAAUAUCUUGAGUAGAAAGAAAUUAGGUAAAAAUCAGCUAAGUCCCCAUUUUGUGCACUAUGAUUGUAUCACAAUACUGAGACUUGAAAGAACAGGCUGGUUGUUUUCAGUCUUAUCUGUUGGCACUUGAAGUAAUCAUCUGUAAUACAAUACUGAGACAUGAAAGAACAGGCUGCUUCUUUCCAGUUAUAUCUGUUGGCACUUCAAGAAUUCAUCCCAGAUUGGAAAGCUAGCAACAUUUUCACAUCAAUACCAAUGGUACUAUUUUUUAUAGGACUGUUAGAAUAUUAUAGGACCGUAAUAAGAAGUGACAAUUGAGGAACAGCUAUGCUAUAAGAGGAAAUAACAGUCCUGUGAAAUUAACUGAUUUAUCUGUGAGACUUCGUAUUGUUUCCUGAGAUUAAUGUGAUUACUGUGUAAAUAAAGUUUACAUUUACACAUCGACAUUUUAUGUUAGUUUGUAUAAGAAUAAUUUUGCCAGCUGUAUGUUGUGCAUAUUUCUGCUCUAGCUCUGUUUUAUAUGCAAAAUGGUAUUUAAAUUGCAAUCUGCAUGGUUGAAAUAAAGACGUAUUUAAUACAUCUAUA